UCGCGUGCAGAGACUAGGUGCGCGUCGAGAGGGCGCUAAGCGCUGGCCUUCGCUCGUCGUUCCCGGCCGUUGGCUGAGCGCGGCCUCCAAGCAGGUCGGUGGGCAUUCGGCUCGCUCAAAGGCCAGGCCUGGCCGGGAACAGCAAAAAUUGGGCAGGCCGUGAGAAGCUGAGAACUCCACGGCAAGAUGGCUGACAAAGGCAAAAAGGGCAAACCCGGGGCCACCGCAGCCGCAGCCGCAGCCGCAGCCGCAGCCGCGCCGGGGGCGGCCCCUCCUCCGGGCGAUGAAGUGGGAAGGCGGAAGGGGUGGUGUCGCCGUUACAAGUUGGAAGUCAAGAACAGCAAUAGAGAGUUCUGGCUUAAUGGGUACGCUGAGGUCAAACUCAUUAUCUUGGGCUGCCUAAUAGGUUCACUGAUGAUGUUCAAGGGGACCACUGUGCACCCCCACGUGACACUCAUCAUCACCAUGGAGUUGUCCAUCUUAAUCUUCUUCAUCAUUAUCUACACCUUCGCCAUCCAGAGAUACACGUUGUUCAUCCUGUGGCCCAUUUCUGACCUUCUCAACGACCUGUCCUCCAGUGCUUUCCUCGUGGGGGCCGCCCUCUCUGCCGUGAAAACUCGGCAAACCAUGCCAAUGCACUACAUUUAUGGUGUGAUCCUUAUCGGUGUGGCUGCACUUGUUGCUUUAAUAGAUGUUUGUCUUCAAAUGACACACUUCAAAGGCAAGAAGGUCAAAGCGGGUGUGCGGAUUCUUCCACGAAAGGAUAAAAAGGGCAAAAAGCCAAAGGAAGGAGAAAAACCAGAGGAAGCAGGCAAGGGGAGGGCAGCGGUACCGCCACCUGCCAAGGGCGGCAAAGGUGGCGGUAAGAAGUGAGGCCAAGGCGCCUGGGGUCGGAAGUGGCUGUGUAUCUUACCGCAAAACAUGUUUCCACUGUCUAACUUGUCUUUUCUCUAGAAUGGUCUUCUUUUCCAUUUCAACGACUCUACCUUUGCUUGGAAAGGAAGUUUCUCCUUAAAUGAAUUUUAAAAGCUUAAAGUUGACGUAAACGUUAUCUUGUUCAUUCAACAAGAGUAGCCGAAGGUUUUGGCGCAGAGGGCGAGGCUGGAGCGGGGCCUCUGGAGGUGUUCGCAGGGCACGGAGGGUUUGGGGGAACAGAAGCGUGGGUGAUACCAGCUGUCAACACCGACCAGGCAAAGGGGCCAAAGGAAAACGAGAGACUGGAAAAGAAAAGGCUGCAUUUUGUUCACAUUGACAUUUUCAUGUUACAUUUCUAUACAUUUCAAGAACAGGGGAAAACAGACAUAUCACUCUCCAGGGUCUCUGCACAGACAGGAAAUAGAAAGCAAGAGGCAUUGGCACAAAACAGUUAGAAACCUCUGGAGGUCGUCUUGCUCUCCUGGUGUCAAAAUGUCAGGAAAUCCAGACCAAGCAAAAAAUAAGAUUUUCAAGGUCAACAUAAAAAGAACCUGAUUUCUUAGUACUUGAAAACAUAACUAAAGCACAAGUGCCUGGAAGCAGAUGAAGAUGGCAGAGGAGGAGGACGCUGAGCUCACCUCCCCCUAGGAAUACAUCAA